AUAGUAAAAAUAAAAGAGCUAAUAAACAAUCAUCCCCACGUUGAAAUCUUUUUUUUUUUUUUACAGCAGAGCACGCGGUCCUCUCGACGUUUAAUUCGCUCAUUCGCGUCGUCACUCGCUCGUCACGUGCGCGCGAUGCAUCGCGGAUCGAUAUUUUGAACAACAAAGAGAGAGAUAGAGAGAAACAGGAAAGUUCAGGGCAGUUCGACGUCCCGCGAAUGCGAACGGUACAUGCCGACCGCGUUCUCGCGAACGAUGCUGAAUUGCAUAACGUAAUUUCACCUCGUCAUCUCUCGUCAGGUUCAUUUCGGGUCAGGGUCGUUCCUGUUUAUUUAUCUCCCGCACGCGACACGGAAGAAUCGCCGUACGCGCGUGCGCGGAGGGGGACAUCCCUGGCGUCCUCGCCGUGGCUACGCUACGCUUGUCACGCUCAUGCUCCUCACGCUACGAUGUGUUUACGUUGUAACUCCGGAGAUGCUGCUACCCUGUAAGGCGAAUCAUCUGGAGCCUGGCAGCAUGAAACGCACGGUGACCGAGGAAAACGGCGACGGCAAACGGACCUUCUUCAAGCAUGAGUCGGUCGCCAGCUUCGGAUACGACGCUUCCUCGUACGCCAAUUACUCUCCGUCGUCGUCGUCCGCACCGUCCUCCAGUAUUGCUCAACCCUUACCCGGACAGCCACCCCUGCCUCCCAUGCCUCCGCCACCAAGUGGUGUUCCGCCUCCGCCGCACCACGUAUUCGGACCAGUGCCUUCCCCGAUUCAGUGGACUCACGCGCACACCACCCCCUGGCAAUGGAUUGCGCCGCAAACGGCGUCCCCCUUGCCACCCCCGACUCCCCACGAUAUCGCCAAUACAAUUCCCAGAGAGAUUUCGCUGAGGGGUAACUAUGUACGUUGCGAGAGGUUUCACAGUAGAAGCAAUGUGUACGUACAGAGAAAUAAUUUUCAUCGUAAAAAUAGACGGGUGAUGCGAUUUGGUGGGCAGUCGCAAGGUCAGUCGUUUGAUCAGGCGGCUUAUUUCGGCGCGACGUUGACGGGUGGUAAUCUCGGACUCGAAUGGCGAAGGAGUAAUUAUAACGCGGCGACAGGCGAUGCCAUUAUAAAUCACAUGACCGUUCCUCUAUCCAACCAUCCUAUGUCCUCCAUCCCACCAGGAAUCAUGAGCAACAGGCACGGCGAGGAAAAGGAGGAUCAGGAUGUGAAAAUUGUACUAGAAAAGGUAGUGAAGAAAAAUAAACAGAGGAAACCAAUAUCUCAGAAUUAUGUUAAUAAGCCAUGGAACCGAGAGGACGCCGAGAGAGCCUUGAAAAUUGAAAGUGAAUACAACAUGAAGAACAAAGUUAACGCACAGAGUUUAAUAAUUAGGUUCCCUGACACAGAUCUGGAUAAGGACAUCGUUAGCAAUUUUCAUUCCGACAUACUGAACAUACACUUUCAAAAUCCAUGCGGGCCGAGAUAUUGUUUUAUUCAGAUGGCGGAAGAUGUAAAUAUUGACGAAGCUAUAAAGGAAUUGGAGAAGAUUAAAUUUGGCCUGGGUUACUUGAAGGUCGAGAAGAAGUUACUGAGAGACGAGGAUAAUCCUGAGGAAAUUGAUCCCUAUACCCUGUUCAUAGGAAAUCUGCCUGAGUCUGUUAAAACAAGCGAGAUAAAGAGCAAAUUUCCAAAGGCACAAGACGAAGAAACGCGGAAAAUGAAGAAUACACGGUGCCGUCCGGCGUUAGGCGAACUUCCCCUACAGUUCGUCAACGAAGCGAGCAAAGGAAGAGAUAUAUUUAGCUUGGAAGAUGACAGCGCGACAAGUUGUAAUAAAAAGGCAUCAAAUAUUUUAAUGAGAUAUAAUAGCGUAGACGAUGCGAUAUCGGACUAUAAACAAGCGUAUGGUUUAAUGUGGGACAAAAGGAGUAUUAACGUUAGAUUUCGACGAAAGAGAGGUAACACUUGCCCUGAGGAACCUAAACCUGACGUUAAGAAGGUUAAAGAAGAGCCAAAUAACGUUACGCAAGUGGAGAAGGAACGUAACGUAAAUCACAUUGAGCUCAAUAUUAACGAGUUGAAGGAAGAAGGUAGCACUGAUGAAACAAUGGAACGUAAAAUUAAUCAUAUGGAUAAAUUGUCGCAACAUCAAAAUGUGGAGGUGCGAUUACAAAAUAAUUCCAAUAAAGUACAAGGAAAACCGUCCUCACAAGUUCAGGAAAAAACAAAUGUUCACUUGUCUGGGACUUCGUCAGGUGUCGAUGCGUCAGCUAAGAUAGCUCAAGAGACAUCACAAUCCCUUCAAACACUCUCAGCAUCGGAGACUCCUUCGUCACGUCCAAUUGAGACGGACGCUGUUGAAGAAAGGAUAAUGCUCCCACAGAUUAAAGAGGAACCCAUAGAUUACGAUGAUACAGACUGUAUGUAUAAUAUGCAGUCGGACAACGAUAUCGAUGAUGAUGAUGACGAUGAUGAUGAUGACGAUGAUGACGAUGAUGAUGACGAAGAGCCAGAUGAUUCCAAUGAUGACGAAGAUAACAAUGCGGAAGACUGUGAAGAUGAUGACGAAGAUGAAGAUAUCGACGAUGACGAAAAUGUAGCAUUUAGGGCUAAGCCAUCAGGAAUAACACGAGAUAAUGAAGAACCAUCAGACCAUCUCGAUCAAAUGUUCAGCGACUUGGAGAAUAUGACGGGCGAUAUUGAUUUUUUAAAGAACUGAAUAGAACGUUGUUUUAAUACUCGUAAUCAUAUUCUGAAGCAAAAAUAAGGAGAUCUAACUUUGUAGUCUAGAAAAAAAGCUCACUAACAAUGUUCCAUAUAGUAUUUGUCGAAUAGAAUAACUGCAACUUUUUGUCGCGUAUUUGCGUAUGUUUAGUAUGUUACAUUUAAUUCUUUUUUUUCUGUUUCUUCUUACUUUAUGCUAAGUCUGUGAUUUGCUUUUCAACUAUUUGAUUCUGUUGUGAAUGUAUUGUUCUUGUUUUAGCUCUGGUUUUCUAUCCCAUACGUCAUGACGUGUUACGUAUUACAUAUUACGCAGCAUAUGUGCAGACAUCUCUAUGCAUUUUUAAGACCAUAUUGUCUCAAUACAUGAAUGCAUGCACAAUAUGAUAUUUUUCUAUAUAGAAUCGCAAAAUCUUUUAUAGAAUUAAAGUACACACUAAAAUCUAGAGGAAAAAGGUCGAAUUGAUACCAAAAACAAAAAAAAUUAUUUUUGGUAUGUAAAGCUGUCACUUGAUGACAAUAUUUGUUUAAUAUACAAAAUUUAUGAUGUAUAUGUACAAAAUGAAACCUUAUUCCUCUAGGGAUAACAUAUACGAACAAUAUCCUGCAAUUCGAACUAAGAUUUAAAAAAAGACUAGCUUCAUGAACUUUUUAUAAUUGCAAAUCCAGAUAUAAAUUAAUAAAAAAGAACAGUCUGAAAAAAUUUUUUUAUUUUUGGGUAUAAAGUCAAAAUCAUAGGCUGAUAUCAAUAGAUAUACUUUAAUUCUGGAAAAGAAUUUCCAAGUCUAUAAAAGAAAUCUUGUUAAUGAUAUUCAUGAAUAACUACAUUAUUGACCCCGAUCAAGUUUGAUGGGCACUUAAGCACCUCUUUAACUUAUGUAUUUUAUUUUAUUUUAAUAUAUAUUUUAAUAUAUAUUUUUACUUAUUUUUACUUAUAUAUAUUUAAUAAUUAUACGUUUUUUUAAAGAGAGAGUAUUCUUUUUUGAAAGAAUACUUUUUUAUAACAACUUUAUUUGUUUCAAAUUGAUAUUUAUAUUUAUGUCUUGCAGUAAUCUUGUGUUUCUAAUCUUUUUAACUGACCAUGUUAUUUUUAUGUAUAAUUUCAAGAUAGCGACGAAAGAAUUUAUAGAUUAUUCUAUUCAUAAAUUUCUUGCCACUAUGUGGAACAUUUUUUGGUACCACUUUUAAUCUGUGGAGUUAGGUUUCCUUAUUCUUACUUUGGUUAUUCCGACUCACAAUUAGUUUAUUUUAUGAAAUUUGAUUCCAUAUUUAACAUGUAAAUAUUAGUAGUUGCAUAAGUAAAAGAGACUGCAUGUAUUUAGGUAUAGCAAUGUAAGCUAUUAUAGCCAUAUUUAAACAUUUUGUAAUUAUUAUUUCUUCCAGAAUUUCAAUGAAUAUCAGAUUUAAGUGGAUAAUUAUGUAAGCUCUAUUAUAUUAUUAAAGUUAUUAUUUUACGUA